AUGGCGUCAAACCAGCAACAUUUGCUGCAGCAGAUCAUCUCUGCGCAGCGCCAUCUGAUUGUUGCACUCUCUUCUGUCACUUGUUUGGAAGUGGCAGGUGUCCUUGCUUCUGGUGUAGCUCUUUAUGCAUUUUCUGUGGUGUUCUAUCGAUUAUUCCUGCAUCCUUACGCAAAGUACCCCGGACCUAUAAUCGCAAAAAUCAGUGGGCUACCCGUUUUGUACCACUCAAGGAAGGGUGACUUCCACCACUAUGUUUAUAUCCUCCACAAUCGAUACGGAGAGAAGGUUCGGUACUCACCUAACAAGCUUUCAAUCAACAGAGUUGAGGCUCUUAAUGAUAUAUAUGGAUUCAACAAGAACGUGUCAAAGCCAGAAGAAUUUUACUCAGCUUUCAGAGUGAAUAAGCAUGCAAGGAAUGUGUUCAACACGGCGGAUAAGGAAGAGCAUCGACGGAAGCGCCGUAUUAUGAGCAAGGCAUUUUCUGCCAAGGCGCUUCCGAGUUAUGCUCCUUUCAUAUCAUCCAAGGUCGAUGAGAUUUCGGUCAAGCUGAACGGUGGCAGCUUCCCUGACUCGGUCGGCCACUGGAGGCAAUUCAACAUGGCUGACGAGGUCAAUUACUUGAUGCUUGAUAUCAUGGGCGGCCUUUGCUUUGGUGAGCCUUUCGGCUUCAUCGCUGGAAAGGGUAUCGAGAUGAUGGCCAACGUCCAUGCACGGGCCGUCCGUAUCUACAUGACCGGACAAGAGCCUCUGUUGAAGCGACUCUCGCUUGACAGAGUAUUCUUUCCCCAUCUGUUCAAAGCCGCACACGCUCUGGGCGAGUAUACACGAUACUACACGGAGAAACGUAUCAAGAGCCGAGACAAUCUUGAAACCGACAAGGAAGCGGUGGAACAGCGGGGCUACGAAGAUAUCCUGGCACAUUUAAUCAACAACAAGGACGAUGAGACUGGAUCUGUAUACAGUCAGAACGAGUUGCUUGGGGAAGCGACGCUACUCAUGAUGGCGGGUUCCGACACAUCGACGACUGCGAUCAAUACGGCACUUUUUUACAUCACCAAUCACCCCCGCGUCCGCAGAAAGUUGGAGGCUGAGCUACUCAAAACCUUUCCAGAGCUUGAAGAUAUUCAUCCAAACGCGGCCGAGAACUGCAAGUAUCUGCGAGCAUGUCUCGAUGAAGCAAUGCGACUCUGCCCGUCGGUUCCGUCCAGCAUUCCGCGCGUCAUCGGCGAGGGCGGUAUACAGGUCGUGGACGAAAAGCUUCCGGCGGGCCUGUGGGUUUCGGUGCCUCACUUCACCCUCUUCCGUAACGCCAAGUACUUUGACCGGCCACACGACUAUAUCCCCGAGCGGUGGAUUGCCGAAGAGGAGCCAGACUCUGGAGGAUACACGGCCGAGGAGGUCAAGAUCUCUCAGACGGCUUUUCAGCCCUUCUCCGUCGGGCCGCGCCACUGCAUCGCUCGCAACCUGGCCCUUAGGGAGAUGACCUUUGCUCUAGCGCGCAUCUACUACCUGUUUGAUGUCGAGCCGUGGGACGUUUUUACUUCAUUGGAGAAGGGGCCGGAAUUGAGAUUCAAAGCUAAAGCGGUGCGUACAGAGCCGAUAAAAGUGAAUCCAUAG